UGGUAAUACAAAUAAUAACAAUAACUGAAGAACAAAAAUAACAGCUUUAUGGCAGAAAAGAUUUUAAAAAAAUCAUAACAAGAAUGAAUAGAAAUCAUUGCAGUUUUAUGGGAGCGGCACUAGAACUCAGGAGUCCCUGGGAGUCCAGGAACAUGAAUAAAGAUAACAAAGAGAAUAUUCCACUCAUGGGCAAGAGAACGAAUACAUCAGGUCCUCCGACUACAAACCACCAGGAGAAAAAGCCGACUGAAAACACUCCCACAAGGAAAAGUUCACAGUUUUUCUUUGAAAUUGAAGGCUUUGAAAGCAAUUCAUCUCCAAGACAGACCUCUCCUCCUGUAUUUUCAAAACCCAUGGAUUCAAAUAUUCGCCCAUGUGCAUCUGGAAAUGGGGAAGAUAUGGAUUCCCCACAAUCUCUUCAGGAUGAUAUUACUGAGUAUGCCACAAACCCCAAUACCCCUGCAUAGGGGUUGCAAAGAGAUCGCCAGAACAAUGCCCGAAAAAAGCUGAAGAAGUAUAUGUUUAGGGCAGUAUCUGAGGGGAAUAUAGAAGAAUUACAAUGUCUGCUUGUGGAAGUGAAGGAAAGGUCAAAUGCAUGUAGAAACAUGACUGUGCAAGAUUAUCUGAUGAGAAAAUUAACAGAUUCAGAUACUGGUAAAACCUGUCUGAUGAAAGCCCUUUUGAACAUCAACCAGAACACAAAUGAAAUAGUGAAAAUGCUGCUCUCCUUUGGAGAAGAAAAUAGUUUUUUGGAAAGGCUUAUCAACGCAAAGUACACAGAAGAAGCAUACAAAGGCCAGACAGCUCUAAAUAUUGCUAUUGAAAGAAGACAAUACAAUAUUGCUCAGACCCUCAUAGAAAAAGGAGCAGAUGUCAAUGCCCAUUCACAGGGUGUGUUCUUUAACCCCAAACACAAGCAUGAGGGAUUUUAUUUCGGUGAAACUCCACUGGCAUUAGCUGCAUGUACUAAUCAACCAGAUAUAGUUCAACUGCUGAUGGACAAUAGGAGGACUGAUAUUACCUCACAAGAUUCCAGAGGAAACAAUAUACUGCAUGCAUUAGUCACUGUAGCAGAGGAUUUUAAAACACAAAAUGACUUUGUAAUCCGAAUGUAUGAUAUGAUUCUAUUGAAAAGUAAGAGCAGAACUUUAGAGACAAUGAAGAAUAAAGAUGGCUUAACUCCAUUGCAACUAGCUGCAAAAAGUGGAAAAUUAGAGAUUCUGAAAUACAUUCUCAGUAGAGAAAUAAAAGACAAGCCAAACAGAAGCCUUUCCAGAAAAUUCACAGAUUGGGCUUAUGGUCCUGUUCAGUCUUCCCUUUAUGACCUGACAGAACUAGAUACGACUGCAGACAACUCAUUACUGGAGAUUAUUGUUUAUAACACAAAUAUUGGUAACCGUCAUGAAAUGUUGACUUUGGAGCCCCUGCAUUCACUACUGCGAAUGAAAUGGAAAAAAUUUGCAAGGCACAUGUUCUUUAUGUCAUGUUGUUUUUAUUUCAUAUACAACAUAAUAUUAACAUUGGUUUCCUACUAUAGACCCCGAAGAGAUGAGGCUCCGCCCUACCCAUUAGCUUUGACACGUAACAUGGGAUGGUUGCAGUUGCUGGCACAAGUGCUUAUUAUGAUAGCAGCAAUAUUUUUAGCCAUAAAAGAGAGUGUAGCCAUCUUUCUGCUAAGACCCUCAGAUCUUCAGUCAAUUCUGUCAGAUGCGUGGUUCCACUUUGCAUUUUUUAUACAAGCAGUGCUUGUGAUCUUCUCUGUCUUCUUGUACUUGUUUUCCUACAAAGAACACCUGGUGUGUCUUGUCUUGGCUAUGGCACUAGGAUGGGCAAAUAUGCUGUACUUUACCAGGGGUUUCCAAUCCAUGGGAAUUUAUAGUGUCAUGAUCCAAAAGGUGAUCUUACAGGAUGUGAUAAAAUUUUUAGUUGUAUACAUCGUGUUUUUGCUGGGAUUUGGCGUAGCUCUUGCUGCGUUGAUUGAGACGUGCCCAAAUGACAGUAAAUGUCAUUCCCACAGCAGUUUGGGCGCUGUUCUGAUGGAGCUUUUUAAACUUACCAUAGGACUGGGAGAUCUGGAGAUCCAACAGAAUUCAAAAUAUCCUGUGCUGUUUCUUCUUCUUCUCAUAACUUAUGUAUUGUUGACUUUUGUUCUCCUUCUGAAUAUGCUGAUUGCAUUAAUGGGAGAAACAGUGGAAAAUAUUUCUAAAGAGAGUGAACACAUUUGGAGACUCCAGAGAGCCAGGACCAUUUUGGAAUUUGAAAAAAUGUUACCAAAAUAUCUGAAGAAAAAAUUCCAGUUGGGAGAACUGUGUAAAGUGGCUGAAAAUGACACUAGAGUAUGUUUAAGGAUUAAUGAAGUGAAAUGGACUGAAUGGAAAACACAUGUUUCAUUUAUUAAUGAAGAUCCAGGGCCAACAGGUUACAAUAAAAUUCAAGAUACGUCAAGAAGUAAUAGCAAAAACACCCUGAAUACAUUUGAUGAAAUGGACUAUUUGCUAGAAACCACUGUUUAGUUACAUGGUACUUGAUAUUUGUUUGUUUAAGAAGGUUAAGAAAAUGAACAGUGAAAUCCUACAUUUAUAUACUGGACAGCUGCAAGCAGUCAGAGAACAAACUUUCUUUGAUGAGCCAAUGACUUCAACCCACAUAUCAAGAGAGAGAAGCCAAAGGAAAAGGGACUAUUGCAUUUUGCUCUGUUUGAGACUCAUAGAACUGGAAGGGACCUUGAGAGGUCAUCUAGUCCAGUCCCCUGCACUCAAGGCAGGACUAAGCAUUAUACUGAGCCUUUUGAACAAAAUCCCUGGUGUCAAAGUUUGUGUGAUGGCGUUUAAACAGAGUUCUUUACUUUCUAUUGGUUAAACAAAUCAAACAAAUGUAAUAUACAAUAUUUUUUCCUUUUGGAUAAAUUAUUCCAAUCUCUUUGAUGUCCAGUACGGUAUUUUCUAUACUGAUCUCUCUAAUCUAGGAGAAAUCAUUUUGUGUACUGAGAAUAGUUAAGUUUUGAAAAUAUGAAAAAAAGACAUUUCAGCUUUGAAGUAGAACCACAAUAUGAAGUAUGUAAUUUUGAAAGUUCUGGAUACAGUGGUGUUUUCAUUUUGGCUACCAGUGUUAUCAUCAUGGACCUCGUUCUACAGUGUGGUGAGCAUUUUGUGAAAAGAUGAACUCCUUCAACUUUCACUGACCUUGCAGGAUCUGUUUUCUGGUCUAUAAUGCUUGGUGUAAUUUUGUAUGUCUAGUUCUUUCUCCUCAUUUGUAUGUAUACAUUCCCUUUCAUAAGAGCAAUAGGUCACUGAAAUUAAUUCAUUUAAGAGGGAUCAUUGUUUGGGUUGAUUUAAAUCACUGGGUCUUUGGCCUUUUGCUAUUACCACUUGAAAAUCCACUUCUUGUCAUGUUUUACUGCUUAAACAGAAUACUUUUUACCUCAUGAGUGUUGUUCUUGGGUUUAAAUUAAUGCCCAAUCCCUGCUACUUUGGGGAGAUUAGCAGUAAAUAUUUAUCUGUGAAGAAAUUAUUUAAAAAAAAAUCAGUUGAAAGCACUGUAAUUAUGAACCAUUAAGCUUUUCUGAAUUCAAAGUACUGUAUGUUGCACUUUCUGUAGCACUUUUUAUUUUAUCAGUCCUCAAGACAUGUAACUUUGAAUGAUGUUUGUUUUUUUAUUUUAUGUAUGUGUGUGUAUAUAAAAAGAAAUAUUUUUGCUCUAUGUAUGUUCAGUAGUAAUGUAUUUCCUGUAGAAUGUGCCUUAGUCUUCAUGGAUUCUGAUCUAAUAUUUUCAUUGUUAAUUUCUAUUUUGAGGAGGCUUUUCAGAAAAGAUAUAGCCAAAUCUUGGUCUGUGUUUGUAUGGUAGAAAGAUAUGCAUUAGAUCCUUACAAUUGCAUCAGUUAUCUCCACAGUGGGUCAGCUGAUCCACAAGACUAAUGUUUUAAGGCAAAAGGACAUAAAGAAAUUACACAGCAGGGAGCAGGGUGCAGAGCUAGCGGAGAUGGUAAAUGUGGUUGUCACUAAUUGGCUUUCUAUAGAUCCUGUAUCCUCUGUCUCUUACUAUGCACAGCCCCUGUAGAGAGAUCAAGCAGAACUGAAACAGACUCCACAAAGUUGAAAUCUUAGAAAACAAAGCUUACUUUUAUUGGAGGAGAUUCAUGGGUGGUGUCAAUGUGAUGGCUGAACCCUGUUUGGCCUAGUAGCACAUGUGAGUAAGAAAUCAGAGUCUUAUGGGAAUAUUUCUUCAGUGCUAAUAGCUUUUUUGGAAAUUGUCAGCCAAGAA